GUUGAUAGAUUUUGAAGAAUUCCAAGAUACUAUGAGAGACGACGAAGACGAAAAGUGGGACAGUGUCGGUAACGAAGAUGUGGUUAAAUCUGAUGAGUUUGAAAAGUUUGAAGAGGAAAGAAUUAGAAAUAUCAGGGAAAGCUUUGCUAAAGGAGAAAAACCCGAAAAAUAUGAAUUUAAAGAUGUUCCUCUACUGGAUGAUAAUUUCUUAAAUGACACCCACGUCAAGUCUGGAGAUACCAUUCUACAAGCAGAUGAUACUGCAAAUGCUGAACGAGAAAAACAAUUUAAAGAACAUGAGAUGAUGAAAAAGUUUAAGAGAGAACAACAAAUACUUCACGCUCAAAGUAAAGCUGAAAAAAGAAGGUUAGAGAUAUUGUUUGAGUCUGAGAGUGAAAAAAAAAUCCAUCUUGACAACCCACUCAGCAUGAAUAAGAUGAAACAAGUAUGGCACGUACAAGAUCAUAUGAAUCUGACUGAGUUUAAUGAAUCUCAAUUCUUCCAUCUUCAUGAUAUAAACUCUGACGGUUUUUUGGAUAGACAGGAGAUUAGACUUCUUCUUAUUACAGAGCUGAACCAGGAGUACAAGGAGGAAAACGAGUAUCUUGACCUGGCAGAAAUGAGUGAACUGUUAGAGAGAAAAAGAGAAGCUUCCCUUAAUCUUGGAGACGUUAACAAAGAUGAUAAACUAUCCUUCCAGGAGUUUGAAUAUGCAGUAAAGGAGUCAGAGAAACAAAUAACAAAGGAAGAUUUGUACUGGCAUAAUCUAGAGAAGAUGGCUUCUUUCACGGAUGACGAAUAUUUGAAGUUCAGGAAUGACCAUGUUUUGGAAAUAAGGCAGAUGAUAGUUGAUGGUAAACUACCCACCAACUACAACUAUACAGAUGUCCCGCAGUUAAAUGGAUAUUUUGUCAAUUCAACUCAUGUUCAGAGAAAUGGUUCGAUCAUAAAUCUUCAUCUCCAAGAAGAGGAAAUAAAAUAUAAAGAUUUUAAAAGGUUUCUGAUGAUGAACAGAUAUUAUUUGGAGGAAGAAUUAGCGAAGGAGGUUUCUCCGGAGAAAAUAGAGAAAAUUCAAGCAAGAAUUCAAAACAAAAUAAAGAAAAGAAAGGAGAGAAUUGCAAGAGCAAAUAUUCCACUCUCGGAUAAACAGGAGAGAGAGGUUUGGAAGAAGGAGGAUUUGAUGGAACCUGAAGAGUUUAAUAUUGAAAAGUAUUUUUCACUACACGAUACUGAUGGAAAUGGAUUACUCAGUAAACAGGAGAUAGGAGGAAGCUUGAUGGGAGAGCUUGGUAAACUAUAUGAUCUUCAAGAUGAUUCUGUUAAAGAGGAGAGAGAAGCAAAAAUGGCUGCUUGGAUGCAGUACGUUUUCAACACAGGAGACAGAAAUAAAGACAAUAAUAUCAAUAUAGAAGAACUAAGAACUCUAGCAGAGAAAAAGAUGGAGGAUGAAGAGUUAGUUGAAGGAGAACUGGAUUAUUCUGAAGAUGAUUUUGGAAAAUUUAAACAAGAAAUGGAAAAUGUUUAAUAUUGACUGUGAAGAAAACGAGAAAGAAAAGGAUUCGUCCUGAUAUCAUUCCCAAGGAAGGGUUUAUUUAAAUCUUCAACUUAAAGGGACUGUUUAAGCGUAAUUUCAAGUGACAGUAAAUGCAAAGAUAGCAAUACCUGAUUAACAACG